AAAUCCUCCCACUUUCGCCCUUCUCGCAGCCAGUUGCCGUGCUGCUUCUGCGGCUUUUAAGGUCUGGCGGCGCAGGGAUGUCUGCCCCCCACCCGCGACCGCGGUCCCCACUUUCAGCUCAGACGCGCUGAUGUGCAGAAGGGUCUCGUCCUCCCAGGGCGGCGCCGGGUCUUGGGUGCGGGACACGCGCGGGGCCUGAGCCCGGGGACCUGGGAGCCUGAGCCCGGGAGCCUGAGCCUGGGGCAGCCAAGCCGUUGAGCCGCAGGAAGGACGGCCGCGGGGAGGCAGCCUGGCCGCGCGCCCGCCCGGACCCGCUCCGUACCUGCCCCCGCCCGCCACCUAGCCCGCGCCGGGGGACAGGCCGCCCAGCCCUCUCUCGGCCCGACGGCGCCCCAUGUCCCCAGACACCUGAGCGCCGGCCGCGCCGAGGAGCCUCCCACGAGGACAGCCACCGGUGCCCUUCCUCGCGAGGAAGAUGGGGCUGGAGACGCUUCCCCUGGGGAUGCUCGCGUGGCUGGUGGCCACGGGGGCUGUCCUCUGCGCGGAGCUGGGGGUCUGCGCCGGCCUCGAUUAUGACUACACUUUCGGUGGCAACGGAGAGGAAGAGGCGGAGGCGCUGGACUACAAGGAUCCGUGCAAAGCCGCUGUGUUUUGGGGUGACAUUGCCUUAGACGAUGAAGACUUAAAUAUCUUUCAAAUUGAUAGGACAAUUGACCUUACACAGAACCCCUUUGGAAAAUUUGGACAUACCACAGGUGGAUUUGGAGACCAUGGUAUGUCGAAGAAACGAGGGGCCCUCUACCAACUUAUAGACAGGAUAAGAAGAAUUGGCUCUGGCUUGGAGCAAAACAACACAGUUAAGGAAAAAGUACCUCUAAAAUUCUCAGGGCAAAAUGAGAAAAAUCGAGUUCCCAGAGCUGCUACAUCAAGAACUGAAAGAGUAUGGCCUGGAGGUGUUAUUCCUUACGUUAUAGGAGGCAACUUCACUGGCAGCCAGCGAGCCAUGUUCAAGCAGGCCAUGAGGCACUGGGAAAAGCACACGUGUGUGACUUUCAUUGAAAGAGGGGAUGAAGAGAGUUACAUUGUAUUCACAUAUAGGCCUUGUGGAUGCUGCUCCUAUGUAGGUCGGCGUGGAAAUGGACCUCAGGCUAUCUCUAUUGGCAAGAACUGUGAUAAAUUUGGAAUUGUUGUUCAUGAAUUGGGCCAUGUGAUAGGCUUUUGGCAUGAACACACACGACCAGAUCGAGAUAAUCAUGUAACUAUCAUAAGAGAAAACAUCCAGCCAGGUCAAGAGUACAAUUUUCUGAAGAUGGAGCCUGGAGAAGUGAACUCGCUUGGAGAAAGAUAUGAUUUUGACAGUAUCAUGCACUAUGCCAGGAACACCUUCUCAAGGGGGAUGUUUCUGGAUACCAUUCUUCCCUCACGUGAUGAUAAUGGCAUACGUCCAGCAAUUGGUCAGCGAACCCGUUUAAGCAAAGGAGAUAUUGCACAGGCAAGAAAGCUGUACAGAUGUCCAGCAUGUGGAGAAACCCUACAAGAAUCCAAUGGCAACCUUUCCUCCCCAGGAUUUCCAAAUGGCUACCCAUCUUAUACACACUGCAUCUGGAGAGUUUCUGUGACUGCAGGAGAGAAGGUUGUCUUAAACUUUACUACGAUGGACCUAUACAAAAGUAGUUUGUGCUGGUAUGAUUACAUUGAAGUAAGAGAUGGGUACUGGAGGAAAUCACCUCUCCUUGGUAGAUUCUGUGGGGACAAAUUGCCUGAAGUUCUUACCUCUACAGACAGCAGAAUGUGGAUUGAGUUUCGUAGCAGCAGUAAUUGGGUGGGAAAGGGCUUUGCAGCUAUCUAUGAAGCUAUCUGUGGAGGUGAGAUACGUAAAAAUGAAGGACAGAUUCAGUCUCCUAAUUACCCCGAUGACUACAGGCCGAUGAAAGAAUGUGUAUGGAAAAUAGCAGUGUCAGAAGACUGCUAUGUUGGGCUGACCUUUCAGGCCUUUGAGAUUGAGAGACAUGACAACUGUGCCUAUGACUACCUAGAAGUUCGAGAUGGAACCAGUGAAAAUAGUCCUUUAAUAGGGCGUUUUUGUGGUUAUGAUAAACCUGAAGAUAUCAGAUCUACCUCCAAUACCUUGUGGAUGAAGUUUGUUUCUGAUGGAACUGUGAACAAAGCAGGGUUCGCUGCCAAUUUUUUUAAAGAGGAAGACGAGUGUGCCAAGCCUGACCGUGGAGGCUGUGAGCAGCGUUGUCUGAACACACUGGGCAGUUACCAGUGCUCCUGUGAGCCUGGCUAUGAGCUGGGACCUGACAAAAGGACCUGCGAAGCGGCUUGCGGAGGACUUCUUACAAAACUGAAUGGCACCAUAACCACUCCAGGCUGGCCCAAGGAGUACCCUCCCAACAAACACUGCGUGUGGCAAGUGGUGGCACCAACACAGUACAGAAUUUCUAUGAAGUUUGAGUUUUUUGAAUUGGAGGGCAAUGAAGUUUGCAAAUACGAUUAUGUGGAGAUUUGGAGUGGUCUUUCUUCUGAGUCUAAAUUGCAUGGCAAAUUUUGUGGUGCUGAAGUGCCUGAAGUGAUCACAUCUCAGUUCAACAAUAUGAGAAUUGAAUUCAAAUCUGACAAUACUGUAUCCAAGAAGGGUUUCAAAGCACAUUUCUUCUCAGACAAAGAUGAGUGCUCUAAGGAUAAUGGCGGGUGCCAACAUGAGUGUGUCAACACAAUGGGAAGCUACAUGUGUCAGUGCCGUAAUGGAUUUGUGCUGCAUGAAAAUAAACAUGAUUGCAAGGAAGCUGAGUGUGAACAGAAGAUUCACAGUCCAAGUGGCUUCAUCACUAGUCCCAACUGGCCAGACAAGUACCCAAGCAGGAAAGAAUGCACAUGGGAAAUCAGUGCAACUCCUGGUCAUCGAGUAAAAUUAAUUUUUAGUGAGUUUGAGAUUGAGCAGCAUCAAGAAUGUGCUUAUGAUCAUUUGGAAGUAUUUGAUGGAGAAACGGAAAAAUCACCAAUUCUUGGACGACUGUGUGGGAACAAGAUACCAGAGCCCCUUGUGGCUACUGGAAAUAAAAUGUUUGUUCGGUUUGUUUCUGAUGCAUCUGUUCAAAGAAAAGGCUUUCAAGCCACACAUUCUACAGAGUGUGGUGGCAGACUGAAAGUGGAAUCAAAACCCAGAGAUCUGUACUCACAUGCUCAGUUUGGUGAUAACAACUAUCCAGGACAAGUUGACUGUGAAUGGCUGUUAGUGUCAGAACGGGGCUCUCGACUCGAGUUAUCCUUCCAGAUUUUUGAAGUGGAAGAAGAAGCCGACUGUGGCUAUGACUAUGUUGAGCUCUUUGACGGUCUCGAUUCAACAGCGGUGGGGCUUGGUCGAUUCUGUGGAUCAGGGCCACCAGAAGAGAUCUAUUCAAUUGGUGAUACAGUUUUAAUUCAUUUUCACACUGAUGACACAAUCAGCAAGAAAGGAUUUCAUAUAAGAUACAAAAGCAUCAGAUAUCCAGAUACCACGCAUACCAAAAAUUAACACCAUAACCUCCAUCAAAACAUAAAGGAAUGGGCAUAAUGGAAAGAAGAUGUAUUUCUUUUUUAAAUGAAGAUUUUAGCACAAAGUUUUAUAUAAUGAGUUUGAGCAGAAGAAAACUGCAAGACCAGAAUUAUCUUUGUACUAAAAGAGAAGUUUCCAGCUAACCCUGAUCAACAUUACCAGGAUAUCUGAACUUCAUUCUUGACAGUAUAAAUAUAAAUAAAGUUGGCGAAAGGGCAUCUCAUGCUUCAAAGAAGACUUCACAAUCCUUUGUUCACAGCUCACCAUAGCUGCUUCACAAUUCAGACAGUCCCAUUCAGGGUCUGUGACCCUGCAGAGUGUCCGUUUUGACAAUUUUUCAAUAUAUGGGAAAAGUAAAAUGACCUUGCAGGUCAUAAACUGGAAUACCCUCUCCUUGUAUCUUAGGAUAAUUGCUUUGACUUUGGAUCUUGAAGACAGUGUAAGCCAGACCCAUAUAAGUUGUUGUGAAGUGGAAGUCUCUUGAGGGUGGUUUAUACUUUAAAUGUGGGUAUGACCAAUGCUUGGAAACUGGAAUAUUUCAGCUUCAUUAUUUUCACUUGCAGGCUAAAUUUACCUCUUUGAAACAUAAAUGAUCUCGAGACCAUGUCGUUUUUGUGACAUUCUGACAAGUUUGAAAUGUCAGUACUGUCUAUCAUUGCAGUUAACUCUAGAUAUCAUUUAUUUAAGUGCUGGAAAAUGCCCAAUUGAUUGGUAAACUCAGUUCUUUCAGUGAAAGUGCUGUCUUUUCAUACCAAAUUCAAGAAGGCUUGUGAUGUCUUAUGAACUUGAUGAGACAACUCCCAACAGGUGUGAACAGGAUUCUUCUAAGCGACUGCCUGGAUGGUUCAUACUCAAGUUCCACUGCUGCUAUUGUCAUUCUUUUGUUGUUGAUCUGUUGUAGUUAAUGUUGAUGUUGUCAUUGUUAAUGUAUUUUUUUUAAUGAAAUGAAAUGAAGUGGAAGUAGGCCUUGUUAGAAUUGAAAGAUCUCUUUCUUUCUCUUCCUAGAAAUCAGUUUUUUUAAAUGCAAUGUUGAAAAAAAAAAGGAUUUGUUUCAUGGUGCUAGUCCAUAAACAUUUUUUUAAACAAAGUUUUUGACCUUUGAGCCAACCACCUGUAGACUAUGAAUGUCUCUGUCUGGCUGGUAGCACUUGAAGACUAAAGACUUAAUGUAUCAAGAGUAUAUCAUUGCAAGGGCAACACUUGUCCUGUGGAACAACUGCUUAUAUUGCCUUAGAAUUCUUUCACAUGAUCGAGCAGAUCCUCCUAAGAGACACAACUUUUGAAAAGUUGAACAUAAUAGUGUAUGUUAAUUAGCAUUUCUAUGAGGAAAAUCCAUUUCUGUGACUGAGAGCAUUGGAUAUAAGUAUGGUGACCUGCUUUUAUGGUAGAAAAUGAAUUUUCUGCUUUAAAGGCAGGUUUUUAAAAAAAUAUUAAUGUAUGUAUAUGUGAGGUUGUCUGAAUGAGUGGAGUUACAAGGAGGUGAAAAGUAGUGGGUGGUUGAAAAGUUUAAACUUACGUGCCAAUUUCUACUAAAAUCCUAUUUAAAGUAGCACCUUUCAUAGGACGUUUCAUGGACAAAUAAUGGGAACUUCUAAUUAUUAUCAACCCCAUUUUAAAAAGGCUCCUUCCUUCAGAGAAACUCUAUUUUCAUAUUUUUUGAUGUUGAUAUAGAUUGCUAUAUGAAGUAGCUUUUGUUCUGUUACCUGUCCAUGAACAUUCAACAUUUAAUAAAAUUGAGAAUUUUUCUUCAUUUUACAAAAUUAAACUAUACAUACAGAU